UAAAGAUGGCGUUGCUAAUGAAAUGUGCGCAGGGUCCUCGUUUGAUUCGGAUUCACCAGCAUGAAGGAAUCGAGGGUGCAGCCUACAGGUUUAAUAUAUUAGAAGCAGGUGGUGACAGAUUUAUCAAAGUGAUCAAUUUCUGUUGGUCAGUCUCCUAUUGGACCUCACCGGUGUUGCUCACCAUUCUAUACAGAAGGGGUUAUUUCAGUACAGAAGGCCUGAUCAGCAUUCUCAAGUUUAUCAUCGCUGUUGGAGUGGUCUACUUCGGUGCUUUCUGUGCCAGAGGUAUUGGAAGAUUCACGAACCAGGAUUACAUUAGUUUCAUAUCAGUCCUGACUGAUGCACAGAAAGCAUACACUUUUCCCAACAAGAGAGCUUUGAUGAAGUAUGACUUUGAAUUUUGGGCGUGGCCUGCAGAUUUCCGAAUGGCAGAUUUAAACACUGGAGAUUCAAAGAAAGUGAAGCAACAGGUUUCCAGGUCAUCAAAGUACGAGACAUCUUUGAAGACCCUGCCAUGCAGUAUUAUCAGUUACAUUUUUGCACACACGAUUGGCCGGCGGAUGGUAUAUCCAGGAGGGACGUCACUUAUGAAUGCUAUUGUUGGUGAUUCUCUGGGUCAAGCUCGAGCUAAACUGGUUGAAGAGAAAGAUGGUUUACGUUCCAAAGUUGUGACAGAGGACAAUAAUGCCAUUGACACAAUGUUUCUGGAUAGAAGAGGAAAGAUUGAUGACAAUGGGAGCACUCUUGUGAUAUGUUGUGAAGGAAAUGCUGGUUUCUAUGAGAUCGGUUGCUGUAGCACGCCAAUGGAUCUUGGCUAUUCUGUGUUGGGAUGGAAUCAUCCAGGUUUUGGGGGAAGCUCGGGCGAGGCCUUCCCCGACCAGGAACAGAAUGCGGUCGAUGCAGUGAUGCAGUACGCCAUAAACAGACUGGGAUUCCAGCCAGAGAACAUUGUCCUGUUUGCAUGGUCUAUAGGAGGCUACACUGCCUCGUGGGCUGCCAUGAACUACCCUGACAUAAAGUACAUGAUAUUAGAUGCUACAUUUGAUGAUAUCAUUCCACUUGCUAUUUCAAAGAUGCCUAAUGCAUUGAAAGGUAUUGUAGUCUUGACAUUGAGAACAUACCUGAAUUUAAAUAUAGCAGAACAUGUAACCAGGUAUGAUGGUCCUUUGUUGUUGAUACGACGAUCCAAGGAUGAAAUUAUUACCACAGAAUCUGCACCAGGUGUUCCUCCUGCGGUGCAUAGCAACAGAGGGAAUUUCCUUUUGAAGAAAGUUCUUCAACACAGAUAUCCUCACAUUGCGGAUUCAUCAACAAUGUCAGUUUUGGAGCAGUGGCUGGAACGAGAACCUCCACAACAAAGAAAACUACUUGACCAGUACAAUGUGGAUGCUGAUUUCUGCUUAGCAGCUUUGAAGUCAUAUAGUGAACAAGAUUCGCCGAGGUUUCCAAUGUUAAUAGGAGAUGACUGGAGUCAGGUUGAAAAGAACAAAAUGAUUUUGUAUUUGGCCUCGCGCUACAUGGAAGACUUUGAUUCCACACACUGCACCCCGCUUCCUCCGCAGUUCUUUAAGAAACCUUGGAAUCUGACAAUGGAUGGAUCCCAGUGAAUGAACCAGCAUGUACAUUGUGAUACUCGACGUCGGGCGUGGCGCGUGACAUUUCCACUAACAGUUUUAUGUGUGGCUUCAGAGUCUGAACAUAAUAAUCUUUGUGUUGUGUAACCGUUAUUGUUCAUAUCAAAAUCAUGAGAACUGUAAUAUCAGUUUGUUUUAUAUUUGUAAUUUGAGUUACAGAUAAAAACUUGUGUUUAUUGAAAAAGAAGAAUUUGUGGUAUGCAUUUGCUACAGCUUUUAGAGCCCAAUGGCAAUUACAAAUUAUUGAAAUUAAGAAAACAAAACAGACAAAAAUGUCAAAAAUAAUAUACUCAAAAAUCUAUAGCACAGGACUGGGAAUUCUCCUCAGAUCAGUUGUUUUCCUCUAAUGGAACAUUGUGUUUCCUCGCAUUUUAAUCGUCCUUUCCUCCAAAAUGUGUCAGAUGGCACAGAUUUUAAUCUAGGAUUUCAAGAAUUUCCGGGAUCCCUCUAGAUUUCCUCUUUUACAGUUCACCAAUUCCCACCCACCCAACCCCCCCACCUGAUAGUACUACUACUACUGAAAACUAAAUUUUUCAAUACAAUAACUUAGGUUAAAUAAUGAACAUUAAUCAAACCACUUUACCAUCCACACAACUAUUUUCUCUUCAGGUUUCAAAUUCUUUAUACAUGUAUGUGUAAAAUGAAAUAGUUUAGUUUUCACAUUGAAAGUAUGAAACUCGUAUUUUCAGUGCUUUGAAACCUUUUCACAAGUCCACUGCUCCACUGUGCCUAGUGUAGGAAUGUAAAGUUUCAUUGAUAAAUAUCCAAAUCAGGUGACCACCACAUGAUGUCAUAAGCUAAAUGAUGUCAUAAGCUAAAUGAUGUCAUUUCAGUAAACAGUGUCAUCAAAGGUCUGUGCAUUCCCAUGUCUUAUUUAUUAAAUUUGGAAGUAAAUCUGUUCAAUUUUUGUUUAUUGAUAUGUGAUGUAUUAAACUGAAUAUUACCGGUAUACGCAUUCCUGAAAGAAACCAUUGAUAUUACUUCUGUGUUUUUGGUCAUACAUCACUCGCUUUUACUUGUGAUGUACAGUUGAAAACACACUUGUAAUAUGAAUGGUCCCAUAUCGGAACUCUGUUAAUAUUCUCUAUAUAUAAAGAUAUUUAUUUUCAACGUGGGAUCUCAAAAUAAAAGACUUAUAUGAAUGAAAUAAUUUCGGUUUGAGAUGGUUUUUGUGUUAUUACUAUGUAAUAUUGAUAGUAUUUUAUUUUACCUUGUUUUUUGCUUGUUGUAAUUGUCAAAUCUUUGUAAACAAAGGUUACUGUUCUAUACUUACACUGAUCAGAGAUUACAGUAGCGAUAUUUAA